AUGAAGCCGAAGGAGUCAAGGAGGUUUGGUCAUUUGGGAAGAAGACGAAGCGUGAGGCGUCGGCUAGACGAGUGGAACGUAACGAUAAUAUCAGAGAGAAUUGGGGGAGAAAAAGGCAGAGGAAUUUCAAGGCUUUACGUGCCGUCCACUGACCCAACGGUUCAAACAAACAACUAA